GUAUAUAUUCUGCCAAAACUUUGAGCAUGUAUUCAGAUUGUUGGAAGAUGGAGAAGGUGCCAGGAAGUCUGGCUCUACGUGCAACUCCAUUUAUCUGCUUGCUUCUCCUCUCCUUACUCUGCACUGUCCAAUUCGGAUUUGAUGCGACUCCGUCAGAACAAUGGAAGAAACUCAGAACGAACUGGGUCGGGAGUCGCAUAAGAGAUCAAGAACAACUGCAGUUUCUCUUGAAAAGACUAGUGCAAGGCGAAAAUCAAACUCAACUGGAAGUCACCGGAUUUGCUUGCCAUUCUAACAUUCACACUGAAGUUUGUGUGUCCAAUAAACCAGUAAGAAUUGAUACGCUUACAAUGAAGGUUUAUGCACCAUUCAGUCAAGAUAUGCCCCAAGCCAAUCACACAAUCCAUCCGUAUGCGAGAAAGGAUGAUAAGCCGCUCAUGAGUAAUUCAGUUACAUCAGUCCAGAUACUUCAGGAAAAUAUCACCCUCCCUCCAGCUUGUCGUUAUUCCCACAAUGUCCCAGCUGUAAUCUUCUCAUCUGGCGGAUUCGCAAGAAACAUAUUCCAUGAAUUCAACGAAGUAAUCAUUCCUUUGUUCCUCACUAGUCGUCACCUCCAAUCUCGCCUACAAUUUAUUGUCACCGAUUUCAGAUCUGAGUUUGUUGCAAGAUAUGAUACAAUUUUGUCCCAUCUGUCUAGCUAUGAAGUUAUUGACCCGGCAUCAAAUGGAAGCAUACAUUGCUUUCCUGGAGCAGUUGUCGGGCUUCACUACCAUGACAAUCUUGCCAUAACGACCACAGACGUCCCCGAAGGUUACUCCAUGCUUGAUUUCAAGCAGUUUCUCAGAGAAUCAUACAACCUAAAGAUACGAGAUUUGUCACAGAUGGAAAAACCAGUGUUGGUUCUUAUAUCUCGACAAAAAUCAAGAAUAUUUCUAAACGAAGAUCAGAUGUUGACAAUGAUGAGGGCAUUGGGCUUUAGCGUUGUCAUCGCAAAACCUGAUAUGAUGGCCAAUUUACACAAGUUUGCCAAGGUACUGAACUCGUGCAGCAUACUUGUUGGAGCCCACGGUGCUGGGCUUACAAAUGAAAUCUUCUUGCCCGAAGGGGCUGUCAUGGUGCAAGUGGUUGGGUUGGGCCUAGAGUGGGGUUCAACCACCUACUUUGGAGCGCCAGCAAUAGCGAUGGGUCUAAAUUACGUAGAGUACAAAAUCGAACCAGAAGAAAGCUCUCUCAUCUCUCUUUAUGGCAGAGAUCACCCUGUCAUUGUUGAUCCGGCAUCCGUAUAUUCGCAAGGGUAUGAGAUUGGUAGGGCUAUGUACCUUAUAAAGCAGAAUUUUAAUAUUGAUGUUGUGAGGUUUAGAAAGACUCUUGUCAAAGCACUUGAAUUUCUUGGGCGCUCAGCUCCUUUGGUUUGAAGAAAUAGUGUUUUGUGAUGAUAUUUUCUAAGUUACAUGUAACGAUACAAUUAAGAAAGAAAGAGGAAUUUGUGUCAUUUGGAAGA